AUGGCAGACCACACCUCUUCGAUAGAAUUCCCCCCUGGGACCAUCUUGCUUGAAGACAGGAGCGCCUCCCAAUCCGGCAUCAUUCUCAGUCCCACCCCCUCAGACGACUUAGACGAUCCUCUGAAUUGGUCUCGGCUCAGAAAAGCGAUAAACUUUGGAUUGACAUGCACAUUUGUCCUCUUCACAAUGGUCUUGAUCGACAUCAACAGCGUCGCAUACCGCGAAUACAUGACCGAGCUAGAUCUGACAUACUCAACCUUCAACAAUGCCAUCGGCGCCAACGUUGCCGGCCUUGCAGUAGGAUGCCUCGUCUUGAUUCCCUUUGUACACAAGUUCGGUCGCCGUCCGUUAUACCUCAUCAGCGCCCUGGUGCAAUUCGCCACCGCUAUCUGGUGGGCGAAGUUCCACACUGCCGGCGAGUUGAUUGCCAUCAACGUUAUCGCUGGCUUGGCCGGAUCGAUUGCCGAGGCGAUCGUGGUGAUUACUAUUGUUGAUAUGUUUUUCGUUCAUCAGCAUGCCCGUAUGAAUGGCGUCUUUAUCUUCAUGCAGACCCUCGGCUCGACUGGUGGGCCUAUCGCUGCGGGAUACAUUGUCGUUGAUUUGGGAUGGCGGUGGAUGUGGUGGAUACUUGCGAUCAUGCUCGGGGUGAAUUUUCUCCUUGUGCUUUUCUUCUUUGAAGAGUCCAAAUACGUCCCAUCUACAAUCGCCCAUUCUACCUCGGCUGCUUCGGAUACUGUCGAAACCGGAGGAAAAAAAGGUGACCGUUUGGAAAAGAUAUCAUUCACUGACCUCACAGUUGCCACUCAAAGCCGCAAGUCAUAUAGACAAAGACUUGCUUUCGUGACCAAAACGGAUAUCCCCAUGCUUCAGCACUUUUAUCAACCGCUACUUCUUCUUUUCACCUUCCCCGCGGUGGCAUUUACCGCCAUCAGCUACGGCGCUAUCCUUGCUUGGUUUGCAGCAUGUGUUUCAUCUGCAUCUUAUUUUUUGAUUCAGCCACCUUAUAAUUUCAGUGCGGCUGAAAUUGGAUUAUUCAAUCUUGGCGGAUUUAUUGGCACACUGUUAGCCACCUUCACGGCUAAUUUUCUGAAUGACUGGCUCAUCGUCUGGCUGGCACGACGAAAUGGGGGUAUCUUCGAGCCAGAAAUGCGUCUUUGGCUGAUUUUCCCCGCUGGAAUAUUGAAUUCUGCUGGUCUGUUGAUGUUUGGAAUUGGCCUCGGACGGGGUCUUGCGUGGAUCAUUCUCGCUGUUGGUUCGGGCUUGUUUGGUUUCGGUUUCGUGGUCACUGCAGAUGUUGCUUUGACAUAUCUCACCGAUAGUUAUCCUGACAUCCUCGGUGAUGCUCUCAUAGCUGUUGUCUUUGUUCGCAAUGGAUUUGCGAUGAUAAUCCUUUUCGCCCUCACUGACUGGAUCGCCGGGAUGGGUAUUCAAAAUACCUUUAUUGUCAUUGGCGUGCUUGCUUUUGUAACCCUCGUCAUGCCGGCGCUGCUGAUGGUCCAUGGCAAGCGAGCUAGGAUCAAGACAGCCUCCAAGUACAAGGAGUUCGCUUCACGUCAGCAGCCUCAGCGAUUUGUGUAG